UUGAGCGUUUUCAGGCGGAAGUUCGACGUAAAAAUGUAGCUUAACGUCGCUGCUGGUGCUGAGGAGAGAGAGCAUCCGACCUGCCGCAGGUCUCCACACGUCGAAGCCGUGGGAUGCAGCAGGAAAUGCCCUGGGGAAUGCCGUGAACCACCCGUGAGCUCCGUAGUUUCCCGUCGGUCGGUCGAUCACUGCCUGAGCUCAGCCAUGGUUGAUUUGCUCCAAACUGCCGCGGUUCCUCCCGGAAACAGACAUGAUGGACCUGGAUCCCUGUCAAAUAUCAAAGGGAAGAAAUCAUCCAAAAAGUCGCGGGCCAGACGAGGCAAACAAGGCAGGAAGAGGAGGAAUAAAAGGAAGAGGAACAACAGGACACCGCCACCGAUUUUACCGCCGGAGGCUGAAGAAGGAAACAUUGAAUACAAGUUAAAGCUCGUCAACCCCACUCAGUACCGCUUCGAGCAUCUGGCCACGCAGCUGAAGUGGCGUCUGCAGGAGGGCCGCGGUGAGGCCGUGUACCAGAUCGGAGUGGAAGACAACGGCCUGCUGGUGGGUCUGACGGAGGCCGACAUGAAAGGCUCGCUCAAGACGCUAAAGAGAAUGGCAGAGAAGGUCGGAGCUGAUAUAACUCUUCUGCGAGAAAGGGAAGUGGACUAUGGCCUGGACAGAAAUAUCCGGAAAAUUGCAGAGGUUCUUGUCCGAAAGGUCCCUGACGAUCAGCAGUUCCUGGACCUGCGUGUGGCCGUGCUGGGAAAUGUGGACUCAGGGAAGUCGACCCUGCUGGGCGUCCUGACGCAGGGAGAGUUGGAUAACGGCCGAGGUCGAGCUCGACUAAACCUUUUCAGACACCUGCAUGAAAUCCAGACGGGACGCACCUCCAGCAUCAGCUUUGAAAUCUUGGGCUUUAACAGCAAAGGAGAGGUGGUAAACUACAGUGAGUCUCGAACAGCAGAGGAGAUCUGUGAGAGCUCAUCCAAAAUGAUCACCUUCAUCGACCUGGCAGGUCACCACAAGUACCUGAAGACCACCGUCUUCGGUUUAACCAGCUACUGCCCCGACUUUGCCAUGCUUGUAGUGAGCGCCAACACCGGCAUUGCUGGUACAACUCGAGAGCACUUGGGACUGGCCAUGGCUCUGAAAGUCCCAAUUUUUAUCGUAGUCAGUAAAGUGGAUCUGUGCUCCCGCGGCACCGUGGAGCGAACUGUCCGGCAGCUGGAGCGAGUCCUGAAGCAGCCAGGCUGCAACAAGAUUCCCAUGGUGGUGAUGAACCCUGAUGACGCAGUGACUGCAGCGCAGCAGUUCACCCAGUCUGCAUGCAUCACACCCAUCUUCACCCUGUCCAGUGUGUCAGGAGAAAGCCUUGACCUCCUGAAGGUUUUCCUGAACAUCCUUCCUCCGCUUAGCAACAGCAAAGAACAGGAGGAGCUGAUGCAGCAGCUUACAGAGUUCCAGGUGGAUGAGAUCUACUCAGUUCCUGAUGUUGGGACUGUUGUUGGAGGAACUCUGUACAGUGGAGUUUGCAGGGAGGGCGAGCGUCUCGUUGUUGGACCCACAGAAGAGGGUCGUUUCCUGCGCCUGAAAGUGGGCAGCAUCCAGAGGAACCGCUCGGCCUGCAGGGUGCUGAAGGCCGGACAGGCAGCCACUCUGGCUCUGGGAAACUUUGAUCGCUCACUUUUGCGCAAGGGCAUGGUGAUGGUCAGCCCCAAGAUGAACCCGACCAUCUGCUGCCAGUUCGAAGCUGCCAUUGUUCUGCUCUUCCACGCAAAGACUUUCCGGAGGGGUUCGCAGGUCACCGUUCAUGUCGGUAACGUCCGGCAGACGGCUACGGUGGAGGGCCUUCACGGAAAGGACGAGCUUCGAACUGGAGAGAGGGCCGUUGUUCGCUUUCGCUUCAUCAAGCACCCUGAGUAUUUGCGACUGAGCGCCAAGCUGCUCUUCAGGGAGGGAGUCACCAAGGGCAUCGGUCAUGUAACACGUCUGCUUCCCCAAGACCAGAAUCUGAACCAUGACCAGAAUCUGCAGGAUUACUAGGGACAAUUUCACUGGACCAACAAAAGCUGGCUUUAUGCUCCUGCCACCUACAUGCAUAUUAAUCCACAGUUCAUACUCCACAAAGCUAAGAAAUUUGGUUUCUUACUCAAGGUUGCAACAACAAAGUGCACAAGAGUGCUGAAGUCCUGAUAAGUUCAUCUCACUGCAGCAAACAUCGUUGUUUUAACACGUCCACUUUAAAUGUCUGACCAAUCACACAAUAGUUGUUGUUCUGCCCAGAUGAUGAGUCAACAACAAGGUGGACCACCAAAACCCACGCCAGCCUCUAGAUUGGCCAGACCUUGGUCUUGAGUCAGAGAAGGGUAGAGUGGAGGAGGAGUUUCAAUAUCUCUGGGUCUUGUUCACAAAUGGGGGGAAAGAUGGAGCAGGAGAUUGAUAGACUCAUUGCUGUGUUGAAAGGUGAAGCUCUCGAUUUACCAGUUGAUCUACGCAUCUAUCCUGAUCUAAAGACACAAGCUCUGGGGAGAGACCGCAAGAGUAAGAUCACAGAUAUAAGCAGCUGAAAUGAGUUUUCUCUGCAGGGUGACUGGGCUCUUCAUUAGAGAAAGGGUGAGAAGCCCGGUCAUCUGAGACAGACUCAGAGUAGAGCCGAUGCUUCUCUUUCUCAAAAGGAUUGUGACUGAAUUGGAAGCUACAAAUGUUUGACUCAACAUGGUCCAGUUGUGGUAGAUUUUUGCAAAAAGUCCUGUUUUAAUUUAAAACAAAAGAGUGAAGAUAAUGAUGUCAAACAUAAAACCUGUUCAGGAAAAUAUGUUUCCACGUACCAAUGACAGGAGGAAGUACUGAAACUCCAACAAAUACGACAUAUUAAAUUACUAUUGCUUUGAAGACUGUAUUUAGAAUAAAUAUAUUUUAGUACUUAUACAAAUGAACAUUUAAAAAUCCUUUUAUCUCCUUUUUUCCCUCAUUGUCUUCCAUUGUGUUGGAAUGGAUCCAUAGUGUAAGAAUAUUUAUCCACGUUUUCCUGUUCUGUUACUCGUCUAUAAUGCAGAAACAGUUAAAGCUUCAUCCUCAUGUUCAUUGUAGCACUUCCCUAAAACCUGCGUUUAAACUUUAAAGAAACCCACGUACUAUAUUUGCAUCAAUCAUCUCAAGACGUUUUUGUAUUUUGAGGGUUGUAGGUGAAUCUGUUCGAGCGAGCGCACAUUACAUUCAAUUUGUACCAUCUGGAUCCGAAACACUGAACUCAUUCGUCAAAAGAGCUGCAGUGAAAGACGUGUGUGGUUGGUUUGUAAUUAUGUGGAUUAAAUGCACACUGCAACUACGCCCAGGUAAGGCUAACCUGCAUGCUCGAUAAAGGGCAGGUGCUCCACACCUGUAUGUGGUGACUUUAGCUUCUAACCUUUUUAUUUAUUUUUUUUUUAAGGAUUUGUGCAAUUGUUAAUCUAAUCUUGAAUGUACUCCAUGGUUCUUGUCACUACUGAAAUGCAGUCGCUGCUGACUCUGCUCUGUAUUCUGAGGGUACAUGUGUGCCACAGAUUCUGCUGAUUCUGCAGAGAGUAGAAGCUGAAAAUGGACACAGAGGGUUUAAAGUUUCCUUUUUCUUAUUGUUCCUCAAGCUCUUAAAUAAAGAGUUUAAGUGGAAAGCUGA